CAAGGCGAGUUUAUGCGUGUCGGGGGUCUAGUAGUCAGCCUCUGGAUUCGGACGCGGUAAGCGGCCGCAGACACAGUAGGUACUACGCCUGCACCGGGAAAAGUUUCAUCUUUCCGUAGAACUCGUGGUUCCGAAUCGCGUUUGUGAGCCUAUGCCGUGUGUACUGUGAUUGUUCCGAAAUGAGGUGGACAACGGCGUUUUUGUUUUUCGGCGCGGUCGCAACUGUUCUAUCGACGGAGGAGGUUUCAGAUGAAAGCGAGCCAUUACUACAUGUGUUGGCGCGACCAUCUACCUUCAAUGCGGGGGAGCGAAGAGCGAUCUUCUGUCAAGGUCGCAACCUACCACAUGCCAUCAACUGGUACUCGCCGUCCGGCAACAUAGUCGGUGAACGUUCCAGCACCAACAACAGGGUGUACGUGGAACGGAAGGUUGAUAACAGCAUGGUGAUGGUGCCCCUCAUCAUCCACGAAGUGAAGGUCGAGGACUCCGGCAGCUGGACCUGCAAGGCCGGCGAGUACAACGAGACCAUUGACAUUGUCGUUGGAAUUAAGGUAAAGUUCCAUAAUAGACAAACUACCAUGGAAGGUGACGAAGGUAAAAACGCAAAGCUUACUUGCGAAGCGAAGGGGUACCCGUUGCCUGUCAUUCAAUGGUACAAAGAUGGAAAAUUAUUAACCGAUAAAACAUCUCCAAGUAAAUAUGCGAUGAAGAAAAAAGGUGACAUUUACGUUUUGGAGGUGCGAGCAUUGACUUACGAAGAUAUCGGCGAAUAUCUUUGCAAAGUCACACAAAAAGUUCUGUCAUAUUACACCGAUAAGACAAUCAUACUAUCUGUCAAACAUGCACCUGUGCUAGUAGGUACAUACAAAACUGUUGAAGAAUAUGCUGCGUUUAAUGCAACCAAAAACAUUACGUGCAGCGCCAUUGCGAAUCCUUUACCCAGCUAUCAGUGGUACAGAAGGCGCAAAAACUUUGACACCGAAAUUCCUGAAGAGGAUACGAUCUUCACUGCCGAGGACGGUACAUCCUCAACUCUGAUGCUGAGAAUGGACAAGGAAGAAGCUUUCGGCGAGUACAAGUGUAAAGUCAGCAACAGCAAAGGCAGUGAGACUGUUAUCUUUGACGUGUCACUCGGGGAGAGGCCAACAUCUCCCGAUGGGGUGAACCUAAUCGCUGCCAACUCCACACAUUUGACAUUCAACGUCAGUUGUGCAGCGUGCCCGAUCCAGCAGAGCGACGACACUUCUCCGGACCCUAAGAACCUCACAGUCAUUGGUCAGUCAACUGUGUAUAACUUUUUUUCUUUUUUUUAACCCGAAGAAAUGCGUUACGCAAACCGCCCCAGGGUAAGGCGACGAAGUUAUGUGGGACUCUUCCCCCCACCUCCUGAGCCGCUAUUCAGCCAACCCUAAGGUUAGCUUAAUGGCUGCUCGGGAUAGUAAUAAUAAUAAUAAUAUGAAAAAAUGUAAUCAAUAUGGUAUCCAAUAAAUAAAGAGAAUAAUAAUAAUCAUUUCAUUACCGGUUUCGGUAGCGUUGUGAAGUAUCUGAGUAUUUAUGUUUACCUAUAUAUUUAAAUUUAUCUUAUUGUAUUGUAUUUUUCUUUUAAUUUUUUUUUCCACCUUUUCGUCUUCUUCUUAUAUAAUUAUCAGGAAAACUUUUGCCUUGUGUUCCGCACAACCUCCCUAACUCGCUUACCUUAUUUUAUUUCCAGCUCAUUGGGUUGUCUGGAAGAAAUCGCUCAUUAGCGAUAAGACCGCCCUUUGUGCAAUGUUGUAUUUUUCUACUUGUUUUUGUAUCUGCUUGUUUUGUUACUGUGUUGUGCAAUAAAGAGUUUUUAUCUUAUCUUAUCAUUUCUUUAUUUCUUCUCUCACAUAACAAUACAUCAUUUAUUUUAAAAAGUAUUAAGGAUACUUAAAUCUAGUUAUGUGAGAGACUGGCGUCUGUACUAGGAGACCUGUAUUACAGAUUACCAGUCUCUCCACCUCCGAACCGUCUAUAAGGAACUCAAAUAAUAUUAGUCCCUAAGUGAAAUACAUAAACAUAAAUAUGAGAAAAAAAUAAAACAAAAAGUAGUAGUGUGUUUUAGUGGGUGUAUGUGUUUGUGUGGGUGUAUGUGUGCGUGUUUGUAUUGUGUUGUUUAUUAUAGUGAUUAAUUGUGUUAUUAAGAUUUUGUAGUAUGAGUGCGUCUCUGUUUGUUGUUGUAUGUACAAGUGAAAAAUAUGUUUAUAUGAUGUUAAGUACCUUUCACGAGAUGACAGAAAAGAGUUUCUCUGUUGUAAAGUAAUCCAGGGAUUUUAGCCAAUCGGUUGUAACUCUCUUGCAAUCAUACUUAGAUAGCGGAUAGAUGUUAGUGUGCUUAUUAAUUUCGUUAUACAAAGAACAGCCUAUAUAACCGAAAAACCUUUUUGAAAAGGCAGUUGUCCUGUUGUCCACUGAUUAUUACGAUGACAAACUUUGUGUUUGUGUCGUUUAUUUGCAUUAAGAUUUGGGUCAAACGUUGUUGCAGAGUGUUGUUUUAGCAUUGUAUUGAGGAUAAAAAGCUGACGAACGCUCAGGACAUCAGCUAAAUCAUAGAGGUCUUUAGUCGGUAAAAGAAAAGGUUUGAAAGGACUUACUUUAAGGACUGCACGCUGAGCUCUUUCUAAAGUUAUACUUGCAGGUACCUCCCCACACCGUUAUGCAGUAGGUUAGAAUCGACUGACAGAGAGAUUGGUAUACUGUUUUGAUAAUAGAUUUAUCUGCAAUGUUACGUAGGUUCUUGAAAACAAAAAUUAAUUUCCGAAUUCUACCUGAAAGUCGAUCUAUAUGAUAGUUAAAACUGAGAGUAUUAUCUAUAACUAUGCCAAGAUAUUUAAGAUUAGCGGUGAUAGAAAUUUUACUGCAAGUACAAGUAGAGCUCAAUGUGCUGGAGUGCGCUAUUAUAGAAUGUUUGUCAUGAAUUGAAGAUUUUUUAUAGAGAAGGGAAUAAAUCUAGUUUUGUCUACGUUAAGUGUUAGUGCAUUAUUUUUGAGCCAAUUAUUAACUAAGUUAAAACCUGACUGUGCAAAUUUGUAAGUCUCUUCCCAACUACCACCAUGAAAAAUAAGAGCAGUAUCAUCUGCAAACGUCACCACCUUACCAUUCUGCAACACGAGAUUACAAAGCUCAUUAAUGAAUACAAGGAAUAGUGUGGGGCCUAGUACACUUCCCUGCGGUACGCCAUAGUUUAUUGGUAAGUCAUCACUAGUCAGGCCAGUCACGUUUACUCUUUGAACCCUAUUACUCAAAAAAUUUUUGAAUAACUUGAGCUGGACACCUCUCAUACCUAACCUCUCCAGCUUUCCAAGCGGUAGUGGGACAGAGACCGUGUCAAAAGCCUUCGCUAUAUCCAGGAAAAUCGUAAUUACUUUCCGCUUCAUGUCUAAGUGAUUAACUAUAUGAUCAGUCAGUUGGUGUACUGCAUCAUUAGUCGAAAUACCAGAUCUAAAUCCAUAUUGUGAACUAGACUAGAAUUUGUUUCAAGAUAUUCAAGAAGACGUUUCUUUAUUAGUUUUUCGAUUAUUUUAGCGUUAUAGCGUAGGCAACUUUGAAAUGGGUCUAAAAUUGUUGACACAGCCUCUGUCGCCACUCUUGUAUAUAGGGAUUAUCUCAGCAAGUUUAAACAAGUCAGGGAAAACUCCUGUAGAAAAUAUCAAAUUGAACAAAUGUGUCAAAGGAGGGACCAACUUUAAAUGAUAACGUUUGAGAAAAGAUCCAAUAAUACCCCCCCUUCCAGAAGCAUUGCCUUUUUUCAGAGACAUAAUACAAGAUAACACUUCUGAUUCAUCAGUAGGUAACAGGACAAAAGAGUGUGGGGAUGAGUCAAAUGGUUGGAUGUUGGUUAAGCUAGAGCUGAACGCUUUCUCAGCAAGGUCUCUUCCUACAGACACAAAAAUAUUAUUUAUAUUAUUAAUUAAGUCUAAAUGUUCGGUGGCAGAAAUCAGAUCAGAAGCAAGAUUGUUACUUUUAUUAAAAUAAGUUAAUUGUUUGACAGCUUCCCAGAGAGCUUUGUUAUUAGUACUAGCUGCUUUUUGAAGCAAACUACUUUCGUAAUCCCAUUUUAUUUUUUUUAAAAGACAAUUACAAUAGUUUCUGUAUCUUUCAUAAGUUACCAUGAGAGUUUCAUUAUUAGGGUCUUUUUUAAGUUUUUGGUGAAGCCUGUCUCGAUUUUUAACACAUCUUAAAAGACCUGUGGUCAUCCAGGGUCUUUUUAUUCUUUUGCGAUUUGAGAUGUUUAUAGUGUGAGUAUUUGCUUUUGUCUCUUAGCUAUUUGGUUCAACGGUUGCAGCACCGACUCGAACACCGACAAGGCGCCAUCGCCGGUUCAAAUCACGAACUUCGCAAAAAAACUUUUAACUUAAAAUUCAAUUUAUAUUUUCACUUAAAUUAAUACAGUGGACACGUCCAAAUUUAUAUCACACAUUAGAAAUAAUUCAAUAGUGCUGCAUUAGUAACCGAAGCGGUUAACACGCGUUUCUCUCUACAUAUCAGUCAAAUCAUGAGGCACCCAUUUUUCAUAUUUUUUUAAUGUUAUUGAUAUGAUGCAAAUGAGUCAAUAUUAAAGAUAAGGUAACAUAUAACCAUGCCGCUAAUUCCUGGGUACUUUGACUCGGAUCGGCUUCCACCAUCUCCUUCAAUCCAUUCGUUAUUCACUUAGGUCUUCCACUUGGGUUUUUAUUAUGAAAGCGUUUAAACCAAUAACGCACGUCGAAACUAUUUAAAUAUUACACGAAUUUAUGAAGUAUCAUCUUUCCCGUCUGCUGAUAAAAAAAAAUAGAAUAUUGCUUUUUAUUAAAACAACAACCUCAUAGGUAUCAUGUGAAAAAAGUUUCACUCGAUAAUUUCCCACCAUGGAGGUUUUAUGAAAAUUUAAAGUACAUAUUAGUAUAAAACGGCAAUUUUAUACUUUAAACUUGCUUGAAUCCCUAUUAUCAAGAACCAACUUCGUGUUUUUGAAAACGUGGUAUCUUAAUAAAUAUAUUUAUUUUGCUCUUGUUUUUUUUUCAGGAUUUGAUUUCGAACUGACAGAGGUCAGAGAUGAUUACCCACCGGACUGGGACAAGAAGUAUCCAUUUGAGAUGCUAAUUGAAGAAUCAGAAGAUUUGGUGUUCGCAGUAGGUCCGCUGCCUAAUUCUACGGUAUUUCACGCGCGCGUGCGCACGCGCAACCUUGCGGGCGAGUCUGAUUGGCUGGAGGUGCAACCCGACCCCGCCACCACUUCCCGCGCCGUCACUCUAAGUUUGUGUCUAGCGAUCAUCGUUGCCGCCUUCAUCGCCACCACAUAUUAGUGUCAAUAUCGCUCCAAGCCUCUGCCCGGCGGCCUAGCGGUCAUCAUUGUCACCUUUAACGCCACCACCUAAAAGUGUCAAUAUAAUUUCUGGGCUGCCAAAUCAAUCAUCGUAGUCAUCAGUAUUUCAACCCUGCUAGGAUAAAUGCACGCGCAGCCUAACGGGCAUGUUUGAUUGGAUGGAAGUGCAAGCCUGCGCCGCCACCAUUGGCUGCCUAACAAUCAUCGUCGUCAGUCUUGUCCCGCUGCUAGGACUAAGGGUUUUCCUAAUGCCUAUAAUCAGAGCCCACCACCACUUAACGCGCCGUCUAACUUACGCUCAGCCUCAAUCUAGAGGUCAUCGUUGCAAUCUUAAAAGUCAAUAUAAUUUUUGGGCUGUUAAACAAUCAUCUAUAACGUCGUCAUUCUUCAUCUAUAUCAUCAUACAUCAGUAUUUUUUAACCCUGCUGCUAGGACUAAGGCAAGCGCAACCUCGCGGGCGAGUCUGAUUGGACUGAGGUGCCACACAACAAGAACAUUAUUUGUAAUUUUUGCAUCAUUACUAGUAAAUAGGAUGAAGUGGGGAUAGGAUUUAUAAAACAAAAUUGUCGAGCGAACAAACAAGAAGCUUUUGUACCUAAACAUAAACCCCUUUAUUAGAGGACGAGAUUAAACGAGACGACGACAUUAAACGAGGACUAAGCUUAUAUGCCAUUGUGAUAUGCCAUUUGUCAUUCAAUGAAAAGAGACAAAACAUGGAGUAACUAUUCAGAACUUAUUCUUCACUUAUUAAUAAGGUGGAAAUAGUAUAUAAUAAUAAAAUAUGUGUUAAAUAAGCUGAACAAUUAAUGCUCCACGUGUUUAACACCUCCAGUCUUCGAAUAAGUUCAGACUUAGGCGUAACUUGCAUCAAAUAUCUUAUCAAAAUUGAAAAUUAAACUGUGCUUAAACUUCGAUCUAUCG